ACCAAUAUCGUUAUUUCCAACUGCGCAUGUGUAUGCUUCUGUAACAAACAGGAUUUACUGUUUCAUUUUCUCAAUAUGGAAAAGGAAAAGGAGAUACUAGAGCGUGGUAACUGGACUGGGCGACUGGACUUCAUACUGUCCUGUAUAGGAUAUUGUGUUGGAUUGGGUAACGUUUGGAGGUUUCCAUACCUGUGUUUUAGAAAUGGCGGUGGUGCUUUCCUUAUCCCGUAUGCCAUUAUGCUGUUUAUCGCAGGAAUUCCACUGUUCUUCCUGGAAUUGUCACUUGGACAGUUUGCAUCACAAGGUUGCAUUACUGUUUGGGCUGUUAAUCCAAUGUUUAUGGGAGUUGGAUGGGCUAUGGUUAUGAUCAGUGCUAUAGUAUCAGCAUACUAUAAUAUCAUUAUCAUGUACUCAAUCUAUUAUAUGAUGGCGUCCUUUGUAUCCUUGGAUACACAGUUACCAUGGACUAAAUGUGAUCCUGAAUGGGCAUCAGAACUUUGUAGACAUGAUCCAUAUCCGGAUUUUAAAACCAUGACAAAUGAAACAUCAAUUCACUUCGAAGCUAUGAGACUAAAAAAUAAACCGUGCCUUCGAGGAUUGUUACCAAACAUAUCUUCUGCAGUUGGUUUCAAUGUGUCGAUGAUAGAGGACAUACCUAAUGAUUUCUUGGUUUACAACACCACAAGCUGUGACCUGAAACUAAAAGUGCCUAGUGACGAAUACUGGACACGAUAUGUGUUACGAUUGCACGAGGCUGAUGGUUUUGGUGAUAUGGGUGGUCUCAGUUUGAAACUGACGUUAUGCUUACUAUUGGCAUGGAUAGUUAUUUUCUUUUGCCUGAUGAAAGGAAUAAAAUCAUCUGGAAAGGUCGUCUAUUUCACAGCUACAUUCCCAUACAUAAUAUUGGUUGCAUUGCUAAUCAGAGGGGUCACCUUAGAUGGAUAUGAGAAAGGUAUUAAAUUCUACAUGACAGCUGACUUUGAAAAGCUGAAAGAACCGAAGGUAUGGGGAGAUGCUGCUACACAGAUCUUUUAUUCAUUAGGUCCGGCUUGGGGUGGACUCAUGACAAUGGCCAGCUACAACAAGUUUAAAAAUAAUACCGUCAGGGAUACAUUUAUUGUGGCGCUAACUAACUGUGGAACAAGCGUAUUUGCUGGGUUUGCAGUAUUCUCUCUCCUUGGAUUCAUGGCUACACAGCUAAACAGAGAAGUUCAAGAUGUUGUCGAUGCUGGUCCAGGCUUAGCAUUUAUUGCAUACCCAGAAGGAAUAGCUAGAAUGCCUUUUGCUCCUCAACUCUGGGCGUUUUUGUUUUUCUUCAUGCUUUUUACACUGGGACUCGAUAGUCAGUUUGCUAUGAUGGAGACAGUUAUAAGUGGCUUUGUUGAUACCUUUCCCUCUUUUCUGAGACCAAAGAAGGAAUUGUUUACUUUAUUCUGUUGUACAAUUGGAUUUUUAGCAGGACUGCCACAAGUAACAAAGGGUGGAAUUUACUUAUUGACGUUGGUUGAUUGGUAUGCUGGAAGUUACAAUCUGAUGAUUGUUAGUUUAGCUGAGAUCGUCGGUGUGUGUUAUAUCUAUGGAGUAAAUAACUUUCGUAAAGACAUUGAGAUGAUGUUAGGAAAACAAAAUAUAAUUCUUAUGAGUUAUUGGUAUUGUACCUGGAUGUUUGUUACACCUUUAGCUAUUACAUUCAUCGUAUUUAUGUCAGCCCUAAGUUAUGCUCCAGCUAGUUAUGGAGGUUACGAAUUUCCAGGUUAUGCACAGGCUCUAGGAUGGUUGAUGUCAUUGUCUCCAGUAGCUAUAAUAAUAGUUAUAAUGAUUGCACAGAUAAUACGUAAAGGGUUUCCAGCUGCAGUGAAAACUGAGCCCAAUUGGGGUCCAGCUUUAGAUGAACACAGAGCUUUAGAUCCCCUUAGAUAUGAACCAAUACGGCGGGGAGCAUUCAAAAUAAAUGGUGAUGUUCAAGACAUAAACGGCCAAAAUAAUAUUGCCUUCAUUGGAGAGGAGAAAAUUAAAUACAUACCACAUGUGUCAGACUAAUUUCAAUAAAACAUCAAGAAUUAAACCAGUCAAUAAUGGAAACAUUCAGGAUAUAAUAACUUUAUAUAAAAAGAUAUCUUAAUAAACUUAGUUUUCAUAUACCGUUGUAUGCUUUUAGUAUAGCAGUAUGCAUAUAUGCUUAAAACAGUUACAUAAUAUCAUAAUAAAUACUCAACAAUAGACUCGGCCACGACUGUUUUACGAAUAUUUACAUAUUGGUACCAUUUUUACAGAAUUUACUUUCUAGCAAAGGAGUUAUGUCCUUAUCUGUGCUUUGGUAUAUACAUGAUAUGGACAAGACAAUACAUUUAUACAUUAUGUAACUCGUCUAGAAAAUUAUUAGUUUUAUCCAACAUGUCUUUAUAUUUUGAAUGCGUACCUUAAUUGAAUUGAGUAACGUGAAUUAUGUUUUUCUUCGUUUCUAUUAUACGUAUGAUUUCUUUUUUCUUUCUGUUUAAUAAAAAAACCAAAUAAAAGCAAAGAGGUAAAAGGUAAAAAAAAAUAAAAAAAUUG